AUGGCCAUCGCACAAGUCCGAAAUACCUCUUGGUCAAGUACCUAUACACCCACUUUCUUGCUCGUCAAUUUCAUCUGGUUGGCAAAAAUCGAAGCUUUCGCUGAUACAGCGACAGAAGUUUUUAAUAAAUUCGGAUCGAUUAUUUGGUAUCAAGAAGGAUCCCAAACAAAAGCAAGUUUAGAUCAAUUCUUAGUGAAUGAAUUAUCAAAAUAUUUACAUAAUAUUGACAUCUUGGCCAAAGCCUACAGUGAAAGUGGUAAAUUUUUCGUUGGCAAUCAUUUGAAUUUUGCUGAUUUAUGUGUGUACGAUGCGUUAGAAAGUAUUGUCGAAGCCGAUACUAAUAUACUUAACGAAUAUGCAUGA